UUGAUACUAAUAGAAAUGUAUUCUACAUACGAAAGAAGCUUUUGUUUUUUCUACUGGAUACUGAAAUAUUUGUACGAUACAAGACGCGACUAUAUGAAACCAGGAUUAUAGUACAAAAUCCCUCAUGAACCGUUAUAAGUAAUUGAAAGAAAGCGAGAGAAAUUGGAAAGAUUAGUGUCUAAUUUUACAGUUUUGAGGUAAAUUUUUAGAAUGUCACGGUGGAAUUCAAAGACAAAUCUAUUUUUCAAUGGAUUGACUGAUACAGAGUACGAUUCCGAAAAUGAAAACGAAAAUAAUUUCAUUGUACACAAAAAAAAAAGGACUAUAUGUGAUACCUCACACUCAGAAAUAGAAAAGGAUGACGAAGACAAUGACGACCACUGCGACACAUGGACUUUAAAAACUUUCGUUCCUAAAAUACAUCCGUUUACGGCAAAACAUGCAGGGAUUAUACCAAAUAUCAGCAGAUCGGCAAAAAUCAUUGAUUAUUUUGAACUUUUCGUCUCAGAAGAGUUUGUACAAUAUAUUGCAAAUGAAACGAAUGAUUAUUGGUCAAAAAAAGAAAACAACGAUAUGAAGGAUGUAAACAGAAUAACAGUAUCCGAAUUGUACUGUUUUUUCGCCCUUUCAUUUCUUAUGACUCGUAAUAAGAAAUUAUCCUUGGUGGAAUACUGGAGUACAGACAUACUUCUGCGUAGUGAUGUCUUUGGAGAAAUUAUGGCUAGAGAUCGAUAUUUGAAACUGUUAGAGAUGCUACAUUUCAACCAUGAUGUUACAGCUACCAGUGAUCAGAUAUAUAAAAUAAGGAACAUCAUUGAUAUGCUCCGAAAAGCAUUUAGCGAAUCAUUCUAUCCCUAUCAAAAAUUAUGCAUUGAUGAGAGCUUACUUUUGUAUAAAGGGCGACAAUGCUUUAAACAAUAUAUUCCUUCGAAAAGAAGUAGAUUUGGCAUUAAAUCGUUUAUACUUAGUGAUUGCCGAACGGGGUUUGUACAAGAUAUUAUUGUGUAUGCCGGAUUAUUGACCGUCAAUAGCGAAAAUAAGGAAAUUGGAAAGUCGGGAGCAAUAGUAGAAACACUUAUGAAGCCCUACUUAGGAAAAGGCCAUACCUUGUUUGUAGAUAACUGGUAUUCGAGUCCAGCCUUGUUCAAUUUAUUAUAUAACAACUACACAAAUGCAUGCGGAACCGUAAGGAAAAGGCGUAAAGGAAUGCCGAAGAUUCAUGAUAGACUAAGAAAAGGAGAGGCAUCUUUUCGGUCAUCCAAAAAUUUACUAGUUAUAAAGUGGGCGGACAAAAAGGAUGUAUACAUGCUGUCUACCAUGCAUACAUCAGAAUUUACAACGGUUUCUAGCCAUGGCGGAAAAAAAAUUACUCAAAUACCUCUCUGCGUAUCAGAUUACAAUGAUUCUAUGGGUGCCGUCGAUAAAGCAGACAUGAUAAUCAGUCCUGUCAGUUCAACGCGCAAAUCUUUAAAAUGUUACCGCAAUUUUUUUUUCCAUUUAUUAGACAUAUGCGUGUGGAAUGCGUAUUGUCUGUAUAAACAUAAAAUCCAAGAAGCCAUUUCUAUGGCCAAGUUUCAGUUAGAAUUAAUCCGGGAAAUACUGGAAAAAUAUCAUAAGACUAUUAAUUAUCAUCAGCGAACAGCCAAUAAUAAUCCAUUACGAUUGAUAGAGCGACAUUUUCCUUCAUUCUAUGUACCAGCUGGAAAAAACCGAAAGAGAAGGUGCGUUGUCUGCAGCGCAAACAACAAAAGACGCGAGUCUAGAUACGAAUGCCAAAAUUGUAAUGUAGGUCUCUGCGUCGACCCUUGUUUUAGAAUUUAUCAUUCUCAAUUAAGUUACUAAAAAUUAUAAUUUAAUGUCUAAGUACCCCAAAUUGUAUU